GAAACGACGACGACGACGUAGAGGAGAGAGAAAGCUCGUCCGCACAUGUCGAUCUCCAUGCAGAUUGACAGCGGCAUGUUGAUGAAUCCAGACACCAGCCUCUGCCGCGUCUGCCUAACCGUGGAUCACAACAACCAAUGCAUCUUCCGCAGAAACUGGGACGAUCCGGAGAACCCUUCUGGAUUGUCCGAGAAGUUGCAACUAUGCUGCGGCGUGGAGGUUCUGGAGGAUGAUGGCCUGCCCACUAGUAUCUGCCUUGAAUGUGUGAUGAAAGUCAAUGUUGCCUACGAAUUGAGGAAACAGUGUCAGAAAGCAGACGUAGAACUCAGGAAGUUGUAUGGAAAAGUUUUGAGAACAAACAUUGCCAGCAUUUCUACAAAAGACCAAUGUUGUCAAACUGACCAAUCUUUUAUCUUGGAUGCAAUCAAUUUGAGUGACAACAUAGAAUUAAGUACAGAUAAUGAAGUUAACAUGGAAAAAAGUAUAAUGCAAUCAAAUGUUAUAAGACAAGAACAAAUACCAGAUGCUUUUGAUCAAAUCAAACAGGAUAUUUCAGUUAACAAUGAAGUAGAUUUAGGCUUCGGUAAUAAAUAUAAACAAAUAGAACAUGACAAAAUAGCUAAUAGAAUCAGAAACGAGAAUAACUGUAGAACGAGAAGAUUGACUAUGUUUAAAAGAGUCACCUCUAUAGAAAAUUUGAGAAAUUAUAAAGAGAGACAGAGACGAUACAUUAAAAAGAGCUUAAACGUCAAACGCGACAGCAGCGAUAGCGAGUAUCAAACAAAGGUGAGAAAUGUCCACAGCAGGAUGAACAGAGCGUCCGAACUGGAGUUACAAUAUAAAUGUCAAAAAUGUGAUAGAUUUUAUUCCAGUAAAAAGUCUUUAGAUAGACACACAUUGACUCAUAACGAUAAAAAGUUCAAAUGCGAUAGCUGUGAUAAGCAAUUCUUCUGUCUGGAUAAAUUACAUAAACACAUUAAUCUGCACAGAACAAAGGAGAAGCCAAAACCAGUGUUAUGCAAAAUCUGCAACAAGAGUUUCAGAAAGAUCGACACUAUGGUCAGGCAUCUGAAUACUCACAAGAAGGCAUAUCCUAAGGACGUUUUCUCUAUACUGAAAGAAAUACGGGACAAAAGAAGAUUGGAAAAUAAUCCAGAGUCUUUCGAAAUGUCGCUUACGUUGGACGAAGACGAAGAAGUGGCACAUGAUGAACAAUUUCAAAGUGAAAACGACGGUAGUACAAGAGAGCUGCGAAAACGUAACAAUACAAAAGUGGAACUAAGAGAUUCGGAUUUAGUGAACAGUGAUUCCAGCGAUGACAAGACAGAGCCUUUUGAUGACGCGUCGCUCUUCAACUGCAAACAUUGUAGCAAGAGUUAUCGUACGGAAAGGUCGCUUCAACGUCAUCUACUAAUACACGAUGAGAAGAAAUAUGUUUGCAACGUUUGCAACAUGAAGUUCUUUCGACAAGAUAGGUUGAAGAGCCACAUGGAUCGGUACGGUCAUGAUGAAACCAAGAUUUGUUUAGAGCCGCAGAAGCCACCUGAUGAUAAGUCGGCCAUCAAGCUGAUAAACACUUGGAUAAGAGAGGAAUUGGAUUCUGACAACGAGGGCAAGGGGUUUCCAUGUAGAAUCUGCGGAAAAUCAUACGACACGAAGAAGUCCUUGUUGAAACAUCAAAUGAACACACACGGUGGACAAAACGAAUACUGCACGAGUUGCGGUACCGUGUGUAAUUGCGCGUACAAGGAUCAGGAGAAAGGCAACGAAAAGUCAAAGCCGUAUACUUGCGAGGAGUGUAAUAAGUCCUUCGAGAAGGAGAUCAAGCUGCAUAAGCAUCUGCGAAUUCAUGAGCGCGCCAAGGAGCAGCAGGACGCGAACUUUAAGCGUUUUCUAUGCCACAUAUGCAGCAAAACGUUUCGACAGAAUACUGGCCUCAUGUUCCACAUGAGAACACAUACGGGUUACAAGCCGCAUGUGUGCAAGUACUGCGGUCGUGGCUUCACAUCCAACUCGAAUUGCAUCAAUCAUGAGAGGACUCAUACGGGUGAUCGGCCUUUUGUUUGUCAAUACUGCAGCGCUGCGUUCGCCAAAUCGUGCACCCUCAAGGCUCAUAUCACCACGCACACCGGCGAAGCGAAUUAUCAUUGCAAGACCUGCGGCAAAUCGUUCCGUCGGUUGAAGUACUUGAAGGAGCACAGAUUUACGCACACAGGCGAGAAGCCAUACGCAUGUAAGAUCUGCGGCACCGCGUAUAGUCAUUCUGGCAGUUUAUUCGUACACGAGAAGAAAUGCAAAGCGCAAUUCAGCAAUUAUCAGACGGGGGUUGUACAAAAUGCACAGCAACAGCAACAGGUUUCCUACAAUCAAUCCCCUCAGACCACUGGCUGCAUUUCUAUGGCAUCCACUUCUUCAGUUGUUGCUCCUAUUAUCACUACGCUGCCUCAGACUCACCUAAACGUCAUUAAUAGUACUCUGAAUGUACAGGCGAACAAAGACUACGUGGAUAAUAUUCAUCGAAUGAACGCGCAAGCAGCGACUAACGCAACCACAGUUGUUUCACCGGGUCUACACCCGAAUGUUGAUAUUUCCGAAAUAAAUUCCGCCGUCAGGAACUUCUCCAUCAUCGGGCAGAUCAACAUGCCUUCUUAUAAGCUGAUUUAUUUCCCUGUCUCGGCAUUGGCUGAGCCAAUUCGCUUCCUGUUUCACUAUGCUGGCAUCGAGUUUGAAGAUGAACGUUUCGAUAGAAAGGAUUGGCCAAAACUUAAGCCAAGUACACCAUUCGGCAAAGUACCCGUACUCGAAGUAGAUGGAAAGCAAAUCGAUCAGUCCGUAGCUAUCAGCCGUUAUUUGGCGAAGCAAUGUGGUCUUGCUGGCAAGAACGAUUGGGAGUCUUUGGAAAUAGAUGCGACCGUCGAUACCAUUCAUGAUGUACGCGCCAAUAUUGCUGCUUUCUUUUACGAAAGCAAUGAAACAGUUAAAGAUGCGAAACGUAAAGCUGCCAUGGAAACAGUACCAUUUUAUUUGGAGCGUUUAGACGCACAAGUAAAGAAGAAUGGCGGUUACUUUGUCGGUGGUUCUUUGACGUGGGCCGAUUUCGUUUUCGUCGGUCUUUUGGAAUAUUUGAAUCACAUGAUGAAGGAGGACAUCGUCGAGAAGUAUAAGAAUCUGAAACAACUCCAAAAGACAGUUGAGGAAUUACCGGCUAUCAAGAAAUGGCUCGAGAAGCGUCCGCCAUCAGUCUAUCCGAAAUAAUUCCGUGGAUUUUGUAAAAUGGUUUUUCAGCAGUGUUCCUUAAUGAUUAAUAAAAUAUUGAUUUUUUUUUUAAACGCGUCUAUAUCUAUGUUUGGAAGGCAUAUAUGAUUGAUUCAUAAACUAAGAGAUACACUGAAUAUAUAUAUUUUUUUUUAACACGCGUUGAAGGCUGAA